UGACUCUGAAUGUCGAACUUUUGUUAUAAAUAGUGUUGUUUCAUUUGCUUUUUAAUUGAUGUGGGACGGUUUAUUGCUUUAUCUCUCAUCACAAGAUGUGAAGUAGUUUUGACAAUACUCGUUCCUAAUGAAGUUGAACAACUGAAUGGGCCAAAUAUUCUAUUUGAUUACAUGUCAGAUUCACCAUUGUUGUUGCAGCUGGACAGAAAAUUGCUAGAUUUGUGUAGCUAUGCGACAGAUAAUUUACUUGUUUUGAGUGGUUAUGAAUCUAUGCUUCUAAAUUCUUGUUCAUAGAGUCUGUUUUUUGUAUUUGGAUGUGUUCGGAUGUGGGUGUGUGCUUAUGCGUUUAGUCAAUUAGUUUACGUUUUGGAUGUGGGUAGUGUAUUUAUGCAUUUAAUUAAGUAGUAACCCUUUCAACCAGGGGCAGAGCCAGAAAUUUUAGGUUGGGGACGGGAUUUGUUAUAUGUAACUACAGUUUGAAAAUUUUAUAAAUCAAUUGUAAUAUGAUUUUUUUUUUUAUAAUAAAUAUUAGUCAUAGUGUAUGUACUUUGAGAAAAUUAAAAAAUGAGAAAACUACAGCUUAAUAAUAGAUGAAAAAUUGAUAAAUUUAAAUGGUGGUUACAAGGGGAUGAUGGAGUUUAAGGACCUUCUUGUUAUUUUUUUUUAAAAGAAAAAGGCAAGUGGAAUGCAAAAAAGGAAAUACAAAUAUCACCUCCCUUAUAUAUAUAUAUAUAUAUAUAUAUAUAUUUUAAUCAUCUACCACUAAAUUUAUUUAGUUGCAUAGUUAUAUGAUCCACAAUCCUAUAUGUUAACAACUCUCUCUACCCCCACUUAAACCUCAUAACCAAGACAUGUCAAUAGACUCAAUUUUAUCCAAUUGGAUCCGAAUUUGAAAUAAUUAAUAUGUGGAUUGAAACAUUCAAUCUUAUAAUUCAUUAGCAAAAUGAAUUCGAUAAUCUAUUAACUAAACAAAUCAAAUAUAGAUUUGUUUGAUGAGUUGAUUUUCUUAUCAUUUUAAAACUGGAAGGAAAGGGGAGAAAAAGCUCUCAUUUUUUAAUGAAACAUAUUAUUGAAUAUAUUUGUUUCAGGUAUUUGGAUUAAUGAAAGUACUUUCAUCUGCUUUUUUAUUUUUUCCAAACAUAAUUACUACCCUUUUUAUUUUUGUUUAUUAACCAACUAAACACAAAUUCAACACUAUCAUUUUAUUUCCUUUCUUUUUCAAUCAUAAUUAAUAUUAUUCUUUCCUUUUCUUUUUUAUAUGUCAAACAUGGCCCUAAGAUUUAGGGCAUAAAACAAUUUCAUUUUAUGGGCAGCUAUGGCAACAAAAUUCAAAAAGACCUACCGUGGCUUUUUCACUAUGUCUAUUUGUCAGUCUUUCACUAUGUCUAUUUGUCAGUCUUUCAGUCUUUUUCUCUCUCUCAGACUCUAACUCAAACACAAUCCCUAUAUAACCCACACCCCAAAAAAAAAAAAAUGUGGCCGCCUAAAAGGUUAAAUUAAACCAGACGUUGAACUCUCACUUGCACAAUCUUUCAGCUAGGUUUGGGGAACCAUGUUGAGGCAUGUGUAUAACAAGUUAUGUUCACAUGGAGGUUAUAAAAUGAGGCCUUGCUUGAAUGUACAGACAAGUUAUCUCCACAGUGGACAGCUUUGUUUAGCACCAAGAAGCUUUUUUGGGGUGGAGGAUUUCCUUGACGAUGACAAUAGCCGGCCAUACACUUACCAGAAGGAGAAGAAAGCAAAAAAUCCAGACAAGAAGCAUGCGUCAUUCAAACAACGUACGAUAGCUUACAUGGAACCGUUUACACUGGACGUUUUCAUCUCAAAGCGGUUUGUUUCAGCCUCACUCACCCACAGGGUAACUAGUAAGCAGGUUGCAGUUGCUGGUACAAACUCUAAAGACAUCAAAGCUGCGCUCAAGUCCCGAUCUGAUAUACCUGCAUGCUUAGCCGUUGGCCGGAUUUUAUCUGACAGAGCAAGAGAAGCUGACGUGUACACCGCUUCUUAUACUCCGAGGGAGAGAGACAAGUUUGAGGGCAAGAUUAGAGCGGUUGUACAGUCCCUCAUUGACAAUGGGAUUGACGUUAAAGUUUAUCUUGACUGAACCAGUAAGUUAUCUUAGGACCAUGGGAAAAUGGAGGUUGUAUUUCAAUAAAUGUGUUUUUUUUUUUUUUUU